AUGGCAGCCAAGAACGUCCUGCGAAGAGCUAUGCUCUAUGUGCCUGGUUCUUCGCAGAAGUUCCUCGAUAAGUCCAGGACACUAGCAGUCGACUGCGUUGCGUACGAUCUCGAAGAUUCAGUGACACCACAGCGGAAAGCCGAAGCCAGAGCGCUGGUACGAAAGGAACUGGACAAACCAAGUCCGGAUGCGGUAAAAGAAAGAGCCGUGCGUAUAAAUGCUGUUGGGUCUGGUCUGGCUUUGCAGGACCUGGAAGAGCUUCUGAAAUCAUCAAACCUGACAACCUUGGUCGUUCCCAAGGUAGAAUCACCUUCCGAUUUGACCUUCAUCAGCGAUGUUAUAGCGCACACUAGAUCCAAGGAGUUUACCAAUCCGAUCUCCAUCAUAGCUUUGAUCGAAUCUGCUAAAUCUUUAUCCAACCUGAACGAUAUAUGCAAGGCUACACCUCAUCUCCUAUCUGGCUUGACCUUCGCGGCCGAGGACUUUGCGCUUGACAUGUCCAUCACCAGGACUCCGUCACUUAGUGAAUUUCUGUAUGCUCGACAGAUGAUUGCUACCCAUGCUCGAGCCUACAACCUGCCCUCGAUAAUCGACCUGGUGACCACUGCAUUCAAGUCGGAAGCUGACCAGGAAGCACUUCAAGAGGAGGCCGAACAAGGCAAGAGAAUGGGCUACAAUGGCAAGCAAUGCAUCCAUCCUAGCCAGGUCAAGACUGUGGAGAAAAUCUUCAGCCCCUCGUCAAAAGAGGUUGAAUGGGCAGUGAGGAUCACCAUUGCUCAGAAGAAAGCUGAGGAGCAAGGUAAAGGUGCCUGGGCCCUCGAUGGCAAGAUGAUCGAUGCUCCUGUUGAAGGCAAAGCUCGAGCUAUUGUUCAGAAAGCCGAGCUGAUUGGUUUCGACGUGAAGAGCCUGCAGGAGAACUUCAGAGACGAAGAGCCACAAUAG